GCAGUCCUAUGAUUUUAGAGCAGGCCUCAUACCUGUGAUGUUUGCUUUUUGCACGGUAACCUCAUACCACCACACACACCAGAUUGUCUCUGACGAUGACUGCAGCCAAACGCACAGCGCUGCUCCUGACUUUACUGUGGAUUACUGCCAGAGGAGAUAAGGAGAAGACCUGCACUUUCAACAACAGCUGCAUCUUACCAUGCCAUGAGGUGAACAACGCUGAAGUAAUUCACUGGAAACAGGGGGAGAAAACUGUUCACUCCUACUACGAUGGACAAGAACAGCUGGCAGAACAGAACCUACGUUUCAAAAGCAGGACGUCCCUGGUUGAGGAUCAACGCACCAAAAGAAGAACUUCGCUCCAGCUGAUGAGGGUGCAGAUUCAGGACGAGGGUGAAUACCUGUGUUACACUAGUAACGUCAACAGUGGACCCAGCAAGUCGUUUAUGAAUCUGCAGGUAAUAGCACCAGUGGUCGAUGUCAAAAUGAGGAAGGAAGAAAACAGGAUCAUCUGCAGCUCUGAGGGGAUUUAUCCUGAUCCUGGACUCACCUGGUCCACCGAUCCUCCGUCAAACCUCACCCUCCAGGGUGACGCCAGUGUGGCGAACACCACAGAAACUGAAGAUCGGCGUUACAACAUCCGCAGCUUUAUGACGCUUUCAGACAGCGAUGAAGAUCGGAGCUACAGCUGUAACAUCAGCACUCGCAGUAACUGGAGGAAAGUCACUCUGAAGCAGCUGCAUUUGAGGAACCAGACGCACGUUGAAAUCCCCUGCAGCACCUCUGAUGUGUCUUUGGGAGACUUCAGCUUCAUCUGGAGCUUCAAUCACAGUCGGAUCAUUGUGAACCGGAGUCUCAGCAACGUCCCCCAAGUCUCAGAUGAAUGGAAGCAACGUGUGAACGUAUCAGAGUCAGGACACCUCUUCCUACAAGACCUCACGCCAGAUCAGGGGGGGAUAUACACCUGUGAGAUCAAUCAGGCUGGAAAUGGACUGAAAACUGAAAAUGAGAUAUGGAUCGCUCUGCGUGUUGUGAAAGACAGUCCAGGGAGUGUUGGACUCAUCGUUGUAGUAGCGUUGUUGUUGGUGUUGUUGGUGUUGUCUGUAUUGAUCGGCUUGAUAUUCUUCAGAGAAAGAAGAAGAUCAAGGACCUCAGAGGCCAGCCACGAAAUGUCCAGAAGGUCACAACAGCCUGAAAACGCAGUGAUUUGACUGAUCCAGUGAAACAACGGACAUUCAACAUGGUGAACUGGGAUAUUACUGUAACGUACAAAAAAAGAAGCUGCGGCUAUGUGACACCAUGAAACCUUGCAUUUUUAUGACUCUUUGCAUUUCUUGUUCCGUCUCCGGGUUACAGUGUUCUCUGUGGGACACCACAGGAUGAUCUCAUUCAAACAGCAGAGACAGGCAGCUUCAGGGUGCAGCUGUGUUUGUGUCAUGGUGCUAAUAAAAUGCCACACAAGAAGCCAUGAAAAUGACAUUUCUUCAGCCUGUCUCUCGUAAACAUACCACACAAAGUUUACUAAAUUCACCUAUUUUAUAUUAAUUUAGAAUUAUGGGUUGCUAUCUUUUACUCGUUGUAACUCAACCAUCAACCAGUCUUCAUUUCUUUAUUGUUGUUAUAUUUAAUGUGUGUACAAACCAGAAGAAGGUAUUUCAAUGUAAAUCGUAAGACAAUCAAACAACAAACUGAAUUACUAAGAACAGACAGAAGCAGUAUUUGAAAUUGGAAAUCAAAACGCAGCAUUUUCACUGAGUCAUCCAUGUGAAUUUCAAACUUAUUUUUGAAAAUGAACAAUGCUCCUUCAUCUUUCAAAUUUCUUGAACAAACAUCUUUUAUUCCUCCUUAUAUUUUGUUGCAUACAAUCAACAGUGAAACUGGAUUUGUUUGAAACUUGACUGUUUUUGCUUGAAUAUGUUUACAUCAACAAGUUUAACUGAGGAAGUUACAGGCAUUUAAAAGGUUCUAUUAGUACAUUUAUUUAUUCACCCAAAUUAUCUGUAAUUCUUAACCUAAAUCCAACAGAAUAUAAACCAUUUUCUGACCAUUUAUAGUCUGAACAGCAGGAUCAGAUUUAUCGUCAGUAUAAACUGUCGAAAAUAUCUGACUCUGCUAAAUACACCCAAACAUGAUAUUUAAGUUAUGUCCUCGAAAGACAUUGAGGAUUGACUUCCUUGUUUGUUUUUUCAUUAAUAAAAUGCAAGACGAGUUACAUGAAGUCACUAUUUACAAUGUUUUAUUUAUAAAAUGGUAAAUUAAUGUUUAUAACAAAGAUUUUACAAUUUUUUGAUUAGACGUUGAAAAAGUGUGUAUUUAUGUGAGGAAACCAUCUAAUGAGCACAAAGGAAUUGGAUUUACUUAACGAACACGUUGGUUUUUGAAUGUUUUGUGUCUUUCUUUCCUUUUCUUGAGCAGUGAUCUGCCUGCAGCCUUGAUAUUUUUUUUUAACUGAAAAUGGACGUAUUGGACAGAUGACGUGCACGUCACCUGCAGGUGGACAAAUUUACAAACAGCCAAGUCAGAAAAGGAGCUCAUGCAUGCACAUAUAUUUAUUACCAAUCUUUAUCUACGUGUAGCCCAGUCUAAAAUUCAUAUUGUAGACUAUCCCCAUAAAACUAAUGGCUCAGUGAAUUAAAAUGUAUUUCAUGAAUGUGUGAACAGAGGAAAAGUGUUAUAAAAAUCAGAAUAAAUAAUUUGGUUAAUUCAUGUAAAUUCAAUUGUUAAGAUGUUUUGAGUCACCAAAAGGUUUUGUCUUAAUAUGAUAAGAGUUUAUUUUAAAACAAGUUUAUUUGAAAAGUUUCUGUUUUGUUAACUACCAAACUUGUUAUGUCAAUCUUUUGAUUUCUAUUCUUUCAUUGGAUGAAGCACCUGUAGUAGCCAAUUGGAAGUGAGGGCUGUAGUCUGACGUGCGUGUGUGAGCGUUCAGCACCGCAGCUCCCUGCAGGAGGGAAGCAGACGCUAACCAGGAAGUCUGAUGUUAAAAAUAGUCAUUAAAACGGGUGGAUGCCGAGUCUCCUGGGUCGUUUUGGACUGUUUUACCUGGAUAUCAUGUGAGUAUCCAUGUGUUAAUGUGUGCAGACGGAAUGUUUUGUGCAGAAAUGUGAAAUGCUAAUCGCGAUUAGCGACGUAGCAUGCUAAUGCUAAGCUAGGUCUCGUGGUUCAUUUCAUAUGCAAAGUGUGGAGAUGUAACUGAGAUUUUAGCACUAAAGAGAGACUCUCAAAUGUACAGUGGACCAAGGAUGCUCUCUUUGGACCCUGCUGUGGAUGAGAAGUCGCCUCUGGUCAUCUGGAUUGUCUUCAGUGCUGCUGAAGUUGGUGUCUAGCUGGUCGCCACUACUUGCCAGUUGAGCUACGUAUUUGUGAGUACUACUUCUGAACAGGUGCACGUGCAAUUUUAUUUUCUAGCUUGCGUAGCAAGUGAAGAGGCCAUUUUUAUGUUUGUAAGGCCACAACGCACCCAAGCAACAUCAGGCCUGCAACGAUCAUAGAAGGUACUGAGAAAUUCCAAGGAAAUUGAACUGAGGACAACAAAACUGAGAAAAGGGAUUCUUACAAUUGAAUGUAACUGUGAAAAGAAACAUUUUUGGUUUUGGAUAUAUGUUUUUGUAAAUAGUUCAUCUAACUAAAAUCUGUUUUGCUUUCAGUUACACCGUAUUGUGUCUUAUUGUGUUUUAUGGUGGGAAAGAGACAGGUUUAAAUGGAAAAGCUUAAUUACUGAAUUUAUAUUUUUCUUAGUGGGAUUAAAAAGUACAAUAAUCAAUUUUCCUGCUAAGUGGAGGCACCGUCAACAAAACUUAAUAUUAUUUAAGAGUCUAGGAUCCAUUUAUUUUGUAUCUCCUGUUUACCCAGAUUUAUUUUAGAAAGUAACAGUACCCAGGGCCCCACUCAUAGUACUACCACCGGGUUAACAACGGGGUUAACUCCUGAGCUACAUGGGAUGGGUGUUACAUACGUAAAUUCCAUCGAUGUAUCCAUUAGAUAUGACUUGAAAGUGUAUAAUAAUGAAGUGCAUUAUAUUCAUGUUAGACUGCUGUCACUUUGAAUUUGUGAACAGGCUCAUCUUAGAGGCUUUCACAGGUCAGAAAAUGAAGAAAAACUCGUUUAAUGUUGUUCUAAUACUGUUCACUGUCAUGUACAUUCUAUUAUUGACAUUUUUAUUGUGUUAUUUUCAAUAAAACAUGUUUAUUUUUACAUAUAAAAGUUGUCCUGUUUGCAUUCCAUGAUGGAAAAAAAAACUUUAACAUUUUUAUACCAACUGUCAACAUGUAUGUGAUGGAGAGAAAGAGGCUGAAGGGCUGGACAAAUUAACAGAUUGAACGACCAAACAGCGGAUUUAUUAACUGAGAAAUGAGAAAGGCAACAAAUGAACGAUCAAGCAUGAUAACAAUUUCACAA